CCGGGGGUACACUUGUUUUCGCGAACGAAAUUUAACCAAAAUGGUUGCCAAAAGGAGUUCAUUUAUUUGAUAUUCGAAGCAAAUAUCGACAUUUAAAUAAGAAUAGAAGCAUGAAACAACUAGAACAAGAAGCAGGCAAUCUCUGAAAAUGAUUAGUGGCUCUCGUGGUACAACGAGAGUGAGUUUUGUAUGUCAAAAAUGCUCGCAACCUUUGCGCCUAGAUCAAAGCUCAUUUAGCUCAAUUGAUGAUGAAACUCUGUCAGAGCUAACUCGUAAGUACAAAACGGUUAUUGAAAGCUUUCUUGCAUGUUUUGUACCAAUAUCUGCACUGUACUUAAGUUUAUAAAUAUUGUAUUGUACAUUUUAAGCUUAUUUAUACACAAUUUUAUUGCUUCAAUAUAAAAAAGUACAGUCAAUAAACUUGCAUCUUUUUAAUUUAUAGUCCCACUUCCAAGCUUGCCAGUUGUUCCCAAUGAAAAAUCAACUGCGAAGGAGAAAGAUUCUGAUCAUGAGGUAGUCACUAUGUCUGUGUUAUCAAACGACCAUUCUCAAAAGGAUUUGACCCUUUGCCUUUUAUAACCAUGCACAUGAACAUUUGGGCACAGACUUCACUGAACAGAUAUGCUUGAGUCGGCCAAAAACCUAUAAUGCUGCCACACCCUAUAUUCACAAUAGUUUGCCAUCUAAAUGUGCUCGCCAUUUUUUUAGCUGGUACAAGAGGCAUUCACCCCCCUGAACAUCUGCCCAUUUUUAAUGUUUUCAGGGGUUGAAUGCCUCUCGUAAGUGCACUGGCUAGAUGACAACAUUGCAAAGUUAGUCAAAAUCAUAGGCCUGAAAUAUGAUGUUGUUUCAGUUGUGAAAUUUUUAUUUGAAAGUUGAUUGAUAUGUUAGUUGUGAUAGUUAUUGUUGUGAACUUGCUUUAAAUUUUUUUAAAAACUAAGAAAUAUUACAUCUUCAAAAAUAUAUUCCAUUUGUUCUUUUAAAAUAUUCAGAGAUUUAUACAAACUUACAAAGGCAUAAAUUCAUCUAUUUAGUAAAAAUGCUCGAAACAUACUUACAUACAUAAAUGAGUUCAUAUGCAUUUGUACUGUUCUUCUUUUUUGAAAAUAACCGAAACCGAACCGAGGUUUUUUUGUUCCAAAAAACCCGGAACCGAGAUAAAAUUUUUGGAACCGCACAGCUCUAGACACAAUGCUAUGAUCUAAAAUUUACCCAAGUAUUCAACUCUACCUGCAGGCCAAUAUACCAGAGGUCAAUGAUGAUGUUGUUAAAAGAACAAUUGCAUCUAAAAGGUAUGACAGAUCAAUGCAUAACAUCAAGUUGCUAGACUUACAAUUGGGUCAAACUUUCGUUUAAUUAAAUACAAGUACAUUGUAUAAAAACAUUCAUUUCAGUACAAGUACAAUUACUAUAAAAUGGUAGUGUUCGCUGUUUAUUUGCAGAUCUGUGGAUGGCAAUGGUUUUACAUUAAUUGAUGCCCAAAAUGUGAGAUCAGACAACCUUAGUCACAGACUUAAGGUAAUGUACUAUCUAGCUAUCUCUUGGGCCUCUAUGAUGCCAAGCUGCUGAAUCACCAACUCGAACCGACUUGACCUUGUAGCUCAGUUGGUAGAGCAUUGGACUAUAGUGUCCGAAAGGUUGCGGUUUCGAUUCACACCGUGGUCAGGCAAACUUUUCAGCUUGCCCGGUGUGGAUGCACACUCAUAAUAAUUUCUCCAUGUUAGGUGACAAGUCAGUUAUUUGACAUCAUGUCAGCACAGUCAGACAUUGAUCAUCCAUUGUGUGAAGAAUGCACAGAUACUCUGCUAGACCAGCUUGAUCAUCAACUGAAAGUCACCACAGAUGAACUCAACGACUACAGCAAGGAAUUUGUAGAUAAAAUAGACGGCAGUAAGGAGGAAGAUACUGAGUUGUUAACCAAGGAAUUAGAAGAUUUGAAAUUGGAGGAAUCACAGUUGAUGCAGGUGUUGAUUGUUUGGAAUUUUGACUUGGAAUUUUGGAAUCAUGACAAUUUACCCUUAUUUUCUCUUUCCCUUAUAUUCCAUGCCCCACCUCACUCACCCCUUGCCCUCACCACCUCCCAUUUUACCCACACUCCACCUUGCCACACCCUGUCUUAUACCCCACCCACUCCCUCUUAUACACCUCCUCAUUCUUGAUAUUCCCCCACAUACUCCACACUUCCCCACCCCUUCCCACCCUCACCUCUCAUUUCCCUCACUGUAAUUCCUCAUCCCCCUACGCUCAAACGUACUGUAAGGACACUGUGUACAUGGAUGCACUCUACAUCUCCCACCUACUCAUUUCAUUACCUCCCCUCUCCCUUAUCCUUCACCCUCAUCCCUACUUAAUCAUAUUUCCAGGAAUUGGAAAAGGUUGAGGUAGAACGUUGCAAGGUAGAACAGUCCAUUGCCAAACAACAACAAGAAGCAGAGAGAUUGGACAAGGAAGAGGAGAAAUAUUGGAUACAAUAUAAUGAAUAUCAGAAACAACUCUUGGAGUUUGAAGAAGAACAACAGAGGUAUGUGAGAUAUGCAGUUGGAUCUACAGGCCACCCCAAUUAUUUUCAUGAUACUGAACAGAUAUAUAUAUGCCCUUUCGUGCUUGGUUUGGAAAAUUGGUACACUAGUACUGUACAGUAGUAUAAUAAAUACUAAUAUCAUUACAUGUAAGGUUGAAAUAUAUUUCCUUUUUCGCACGAAACUGCCAUUGGCUUGACCAAAAUGAUUAGUUUUGAAAGGUGAAACAUAUUAGUUUUGUGCAAAUCAUAAUGAAUGUGUUUUUAAAAAUUUUACAGUGUAGACAAUCAGCUUCAUUAUGCACAAAUGCAGUUGGAUAAACUCAAGAAAACGAAUGUCUUCAACAGUACAUUUAACAUUUGGUAAGGUGUGAUAAAAUUAUAUUUAACCCAUUUCAGAGGUCAUUGACUGCCAGGAAAAUUGUCUGGCAUUAGACAGAGUACAAGAGUAAAAUAAUAAAGCAUGACACAAAUAUUAAUUUACAUUAUUUUGUCAAUUUUUCAGGUACAAAGGGCAUUUUGGUACAAUUAAUAAUUUCAGGCUUGGACGACUUCCAAGUGUGCCGGUAUGUUUGCAAUCUGAAUUCUUGCUUGGGAGCUUUUGAUUGGUGAUGAAGCCAACAACGAAAUACGGUUUUCUAAGUUUAUGCACCUCUAUUUUUUCUGCUUAAAGCUUAAUCGUAUUUGUACUUUGUAGGUUGACUGGAGUGAAAUAAAUGCUGCUUGGGGGCAGACAGUACUUCUGUUACAUGCAUUAGCACGGAAAAUGAAUCUUAAAUUUAAAAGGUGAACAUUUUGAUUUUUCUAACCAGCUUGAUUUUUGCAAUAGGAGAUGGUAUGUGUGGACGACUUUGAUGGCAAAGAUAGUUUCUUUGAUAAUCCCUUUAAUCCCGUAUAUAAACGCAACAUACAAGUGUGUAUAUUUCAGUUCAGAUUUCCAAAUAUUCACACGACUUUAUCGUUAUGUAUAGAUAUCGUUUAGUACCGUUUGGAAACCAUUCUUACUUGGAAAGUCUCGAAGAUAAAUCUAAAGAAUUACCAUUGUAAGUAUUCAUACUCUACUAUAGCAUGUCAAAGUUUUUAUUCAAUGUAUGUAUCAAGUUUCAAAAUCUAUUUCGUUUUUCUUUUCAGAUACGCAUCAGGUGGAUUCCGAUUUUUCUGGGAUACAAAGUGAGUAAAUUUUUUGAUAGUAUGUUUGACAGAAUAUUUUAUACUCCAUCUCAAAAACUUUGCCAUCUCAUACUUUUAGAUUUGAUCAUGCUAUGGUGGCAUUCCUGGAUUGCCUUCAAGAGGUCAGUUCAUAAUAAAGGCCCAUUUCCACUGAAGAAAAUUUUCCGCGGAAAGAAAAAUUUGUAAAAUGUGAUUGGCCGACACAAAUUUUACGUCGGAAACAAAAUUUGAAGUUGAAAAUUUUUAACUUUUAAUGAUAUUUUCGGGAAAAUUUUUGCCCGUGGAAAUUUUUCUUUUCAAAAUGCCGUCAUUAUAACUUACAGUUUUUCAUGUGUUUCACUUAAAGUUUUCACUUUGUUUUUCUAGUUCAAAGAGGAAGUAGAAAAAGUUGAUAAACGUUUCUGUCUACCAUACAG